AUGGCGACCGGAACGGACAAGCAGGCUUGGUGGAAGGAGGCCGUGGUCUACCAAAUUUACCCGGCUUCGUUCUACGAUCUGAAUGGCGAUGGCUGGGGCGACAUCAAGGGAAUCACCGCCAAGCUUGAUUAUCUGAAGGAUUUGGGAGUCUUCAAAUCUCCCCAGGCGGAUAUGGGAUACGAUAUCGAUCCCAGCUACGGCACUCUGGAUGAUGUUGAUGAGCUCAUCGCCGAGCUGAAGAAGCGUGACAUGAAAUUCAUGGCUGACUUGGUCGUCAACCAUACUUCUGACCAACAUCCUUGGUUCCUCCAGUCUCGCUCUUCCAAGACUGACCCUUACCGUGACUGGUACAUCUGGAAGCCUCCCAGGUUCGAUGAGAACGGCAACCGCCAGCCUCCAAACAACUGGGCCAUGCUCCUCGGCGAGGGUAAUUCGGCAUGGACCUGGGAUGAGAAGACCCAAGAGUACUAUCUUUCUCUUUUCACCCCUCAGCAGCCCGAUCUCAACUGGGAGUGCGAGGCUGUACGCGAGGCCGUGCACGAUGUGCUCCGCUUUUGGCUGGACAAGGGCGCUUGUGGCUUCAGAAUGGAUGUCAUCAACCACAUCUCCAAGGUGCAGACCUUCCCCGAUGCCCCAAACAAAGCGCCCGGUCACCAGUUUCAGCCGGGCGACCGAUUCUUCGCCAACGGCCCGCGCAUGCAUGAGUUCCUGAAAGAGAUGCACGAGAAGGUCCUUUCUCACUACGACACCAUCACCGUCGGCGAGAUGCCCUUCGUGCGCGACGAAGACGAGAUCAUCAGGGGCGUCGGCGCCAAGGAGAACGAGCUGCGUAUGAUCUUCUCCUUCGACAUUGUCGACAUCGACAACGUCCCCGAUCUCGGCUACAAGCUGGCACUCCACCCAUGGGACGCUCGCGACCUCCGCCGCAUCGUGAGCCGCCUGCAGCGGCUGAUGAUCGAGCGCGACGGCUGGAACUCCGUCUUCAUCGAGAACCACGACCAGCCCCGCAGCGUCUCGCGCUACACCGACGACAGCGACCAGUGGCGGGAGCUCGGCGCCAAGAUGCUCUGCCUGAUGCAGACGACUCUCUCCGGCACGCUCUACGUCUACCAGGGCGAGGAGCUCGGCAUGAGGAACAUCCCGCCCGAGUGGGAGCCGUCCGAGUACAAGGACAUUGAGACCAUCAACUACUGGAAGAAAAUGAACACCAUGCACCCCGACUCCCCGGCCAAGCUCGCCGAAGCGCGGCACGUCAUGCAGCGCAAAGCGCGCGACCACGCGCGCACGCCGAUGCAAUGGACGUCUGGCGCGCACGGCGGCUUCUCGCCCAACCUGCAGCCGGGGCGCGCGCCGUGGAUGCGCGUCAACGACGACGCGGGCGCGGUCAACGCGGAACAGCAACUGGCGCACGACCCGGCGGCCGCCGGCGGCCAGCUGUCGGUGCGGCAGUUCUGGCGGCGCGCGCUCGCGCAGCGCAAGGCGCACAAGGACGUCUUCGUCUACGGCGACUUCUCCACCCUCGGCGCCCCGCACGAGAGCGUCUUCGCGUACAAGCGCUGGAGCGAGACAGAGGCGUUUGUGACGAUUUUGAACUUCUCGGGCGGGGAGGUCGAGUGGGAGAUCCCGGCUGAGGCGAAGGUGAAGGCGUGGGCGGCGUGGAGUUAUGAUAAGGAUAAGCCGGAGGGGCUGGCGACGGAGGGGAAGAUCAAGUUGAAGCCGUGGGUGGGGUUGUUGGGUGUGGCGGAUGUGUAG